AUGGCCGAUGCCAACAUGUACGCGCAGCCGCCGCCCCUCGCGGCGGGGACGCCCGAACCCGUCGCCUUCCUGACAAUGGAGCUGGAAAUGGCGCGCGCCUCCCCGGCCUUUGCCGAUGCCGUCGGAAUUCCGAACUUGAGGGGGCGGUCCCUCUUGGACGUCGUCUUGCCCUCGGAGCGCGACAAGAUCCAGAGCCACCAGCGGAGCAUGCAGGAUGAGAGGUCGAGGAAGGAUCCCGUCUAUCUGCCUCCCAUCUUCGGCAGGCAGGAGCAGGAGCGCGUCUUCGACUCCCUGCGCUUCGAGGCUGACGAGAUCUCGCGCUUCCAGCUGGAUCGCCAGGACUUCUUCGUCUUCGCCGCGAGCGACGGACAACCGCGGUCCUACUCGGUGCGGUUGGGUUUGGCGAAGCGGGAGUCCAUCUACUUCAUCGUCCUGCUCAUCAACGCGGCGCCAGCGCUCAGGUAUCCCUACCCGUCGCCGUCGCCCCACGCCAGAGAGAUGCCGUAUUCGUAUCAAUCUCAACAGCAGCAGCAACAACAACAGCAACAACAGGUGUAUGCACAGCACACACCCGUCUCAGCGACCUUUGAGCACGCGAGACCUCGGUUCGGCGAGGGCACACUCGCGCCGCGGCCAUCUCCUGGACAACCUCCCCACAUGACGACCCGCUUGAGCCCGGGCACCAGCCCCGGCAUGCCGUCAUAUGCCGCGUCGCCAAGCCGGCCAGACUAUGCCGCCGGUCCUUCGUCGUACCAGAUUCCUCGCAGUGAAUUACCGCCGACCACUCGGCCCCCGCAACCCUCUUUCCAGCUGCCGCCCAUCCGCGCCGGCCCGCAUCAACCGCCCCAUCCGGAGCCCUCCUGGCAAAGGGACGACCGGUCCGGCCGAGUCGAUAUCGGCGGUUUGCUGGAAAAGCCGGAUCCGCAGCAGCGGCGUCCGCAGUGA